AUGUAAAAAAAAUUAAUAGAUUUAAGACAUGUUUAUAUUUUAUCGAUAAAUCAAACACUAAGUACACAAAAAAUUAGUAGGUUUUUUUUAAAGAUUUUUUUAAGUAUUAAAAAUGGAAAAUGAUUGUAGAAAUGCAGCCGUUGAACAAGAUGUAUGGAAAUCAAAAUAUUUGCUGAUGCAGCAUGAAUGGCGUUGCCAGCAAAAUACAAUCGGUCGAUUGGAAAUUCAGACGAUGAAACUCCAAUCUCAGUUAAAGCAACAAUCUCAAUUUUGUACAAAAACUGGGUACAUAUUAGGUUAUUGUUUGUGGAAAGCCUCUCAAAUUCCAGACGUCAUCAACAUAAUCCUUAUAAAAGAAAAAAUAUUAGAAUUAUCUGAAAUUAUGAGCGGUGUUCUCACAUCAUUUAAUGAUACCUAUCAACCAAAAAUACCAAUUACAGAUACGGAAGAGACCAGAUUUGUACUGAGCAUUAUCGGAUUGGUAGCCAAUUUGUCAACGGUAGACGCAGGUCGACGAUUUUUUUCACAAACUAACAGUGGUAAAAAUGUGAUUCGACUUAUAAUUUGUAUACUAAUUCGCAUUCCAUCACCAUCUGCAAACCAGUUAAAAAAAAUAUCGUAUUCUGCAUUAUACAACGUAAGCAAUUAUACAGUUAAAAUAUCAUCACAGAUUAUAAAUGCUGAAUUAAUAACUGUAAUAAAUAAUGACAUUAAAGAUGUAAAUGACACGAGAAUUGAACCCGAUCUAAGGUUUUUUGCACUAAAAUUACUGCAGUCACUCAUUCGUAAUGUUUGUAAUAAAGCUGCAUAUGAAAUACUCUUAAACAACAUCGAACAGUCUCGAUUAGUAACACUGACAUCCGCGGUAGACGCCGAAACAGUAAAUAUAUCAAGAAACAUAUUGGACGCUUUCAGCAAAGCAAAAGAACAAUUUGAAACCAAAAUCCCCAUGUCAUAACAAAUAAUCAUUGUGUUAUCACAUAAUAACAUAUUAUUUCAGUUAGUAUAAUGUCAAUAUUCACUGAAAUAUAUAAAAUUUUAAAUUUACAUACAA